AUGCCUUCUGCCAACGAAGCGACGCCAAUUGUUUCCACCAACUCUCGGCCACCAACGCUCACCCGACUCCUCGCUACUUGUGCUCCAUCCGAGCGUGUCACUCAACUGCUACGCGCGUUCAAGCCACGCUGGGACGACCGCCUACGAUUGCGUCGCACGGCUGGGAGGAUUGAAAUGGGACUCACCCGCGUCUCCUGGCGUCAGGGUUCUCAGCUCUUUCUUCGACUUGCUGGAGCAGCACCCAUCAUUGCUGGAGCUGUUCCGCGAGAAGCUGGACGCCAUCAGCAAUGCUCCUUGCAGCGAGAUGGCUCGGAAGAGCGAGGACGAUGUCAGACUUUCGUUCGAAGAGCUCUUCUUUGGCGGCUUACGAUCUGCAACGGCGGCGCUGCUCAAUCAUCAUGCCGCGAUCACCGAGGCCGCUUCCGCAUCGACCUCCGCGACGAGACCCCGGUACACGGUCCGGUUGGCCAACCCUGACCGUGCUCUCCGCACGCAGGGCGAUGCUGUCCUCUACAUUCAACGUGGGGCUGGCAACGUCGUUGCAAGUAUCUCGAUCGAAUACAAGCGGGACAACGUACAUCAUAGCUUGGCCAAGGUACGCAUCUGCACCCUUCGACGUUUCUUCCUCUAAAUCUUGAAGCGGCACUGGGGCCCCGUGGUCGAGUAUGGGAAUAUGCGAGAGGGCUGGUCCUGGCGUACCUUGGCCAAGCUAUGAUGUACGUUGUCCUGCUUGUACUCGAUCGAGAUACUUGUAACGACGUUGUCAGCCCCACGUUGAAUGUAGACGCCAGGACGGCGCCCUCUCGCAUAUUCCCAUACUCGACCACGGGGCCCCAGUGCCGCUUCAAGAUUUAGAGGAAGAAACGUCGAAGGGUGCAGAUGCUGUGGCGACCAAGGUGAGGCAUGCAUCUUGCAGGCUUGGACAUACGCUUUCUCGAUCCGGCCUCGAAUAUUGGGGCUCUGUGUUUACUCAUUUCUCAUUUUUUAUGCUCGUGAAGGCCAUCAUACAAUGCGUCUCCAGCGAUAGUCGAUUCUUCUUGCUGGUGUCGAUUCCGUUCUUCCAGAUCGGUGAACUGGGUACGCCGCAUCUUUGA